CGCGGCGAGAAUCAUCCUACGUCACAGUGAAGUAUGUGCCCUCGAGUGUAGAAAAUGGCAGCGCUCUCCGGUACUGCGGAUCGGCGCGGAUGUAAAUAUGGCCUGUGGCUCAUCCUAGGAGUGCUUAUUGUGCAAUUCGUCGGCGUGUUGGGCAUCACUUGUUACUGCGAAGGGCAUUGUCCAGACGACAAACAAAAUGGGACUUGCGAGGGACGGCCAGGCAGUCAAUGUUUCAGUGCUGUGGAAGAAGUGUGGGACGCCGAGUUGCAGGAACAUGUUCCCGAGUGGUCUUUCGGCUGCUUGCCACCUGCCGAACAAGGUUUUAUGCAGUGCAAGGGAAAUCUGGUGCCUCAUCUCCAAGAGAAGAAUAUAAUGUGCUGUAAUCAUACUAAUCUGUGUAAUAAGGAUCAGUUUCCCAGAUAUGAAACUCGACCCACCGUGUCCCCCCAUCCGAUUGCCAUCGCAUCAGGAGCUCCGCUUAUUAUUUUGGCGAUAACCCUGUCGGUCACCUUCGUGCUCCUGUCGAUAUCGGUAGGAUUCAUUUAUCACCGGUGCCGGAAGAAAGAGAGGGACCCAUGUCUGGUGCCGUCACAAGGCACUCUUAAGGACUUUAUUGACCAGAGUAGUGGAUCAGGCUCAGGACUGCCGCUUCUCGUGCAGCAAACCAUCGCGAAGCAAUUGGCUAUGUCGCAGUGCGUGGGGAAAGGACGCUACGGUGAAGUAUGGCUCGCAAAAUGGCGAGGUGGCGAGAAGGUGGCAGUGAAGGUGUUCUUCACAUUGGAGGAGGCGUCCUGGUUCCGAGAGACCGAGAUUUACCAGACCGUACUGAUGAGGCACGACAAUAUCCUGGGCUUCAUUGCCGCCGACAUUAAGGGCACCGGUUCUUGGACUCAGAUGCUGUUAAUCACUGAUUAUCACGAGAGAGGCUCGUUGCACGAUUACCUGCAAACAACGGUGUUGGAUCAUCAGGCUUUGUUGACGAUUUGUGUAUCGAUCGCGUCUGGUAUCGCACAUUUGCACACCGAGAUCUUUGGGACGCAAGGUAAACCCGCGAUAGCUCACAGAGACAUCAAGAGCAGAAACAUUCUGGUGAAGAGAAACGGGGAGUGCGCCAUAGCGGACUUCGGAUUGGCUGUUCGCUAUAUCAGCGAGAGCGGAGAGAUCGACAUCGCUCCGAACACCAGAGUGGGUACGCGGCGUUACAUGGCCCCGGAAGUGCUGGAUGAAACCUUGAAUACGAUUUGCUUUGACGCGUUCAGAAUGGCGGAUAUGUAUUCCGUCGGACUUGUGUUCUGGGAGACGUGCAGAAGAUGCGUGACGGGCGGCAAAAACUCCAUGGUGGAGCCGUACGCCUUGCCUUAUCAUGACGAUGUACCGAGUGAUCCGGAUUUCGAGGAUAUGCGUCUGGCUGUCUGCGUAAAGCGCCUACGUCCGGUUAUUCCUACGAGAUGGGACAAUGAUUCGAUCCUAUUUGCCCUUGGAAAGAUCAUGUCGGAGUGUUGGCACGGGAAUCCAGCAGUUCGUCUAACCGCACUUCGCGUCAAAAAGACACUGUCGAAGCUACACGUCGAUACUAUCAGCAUCAAGAUCGUGUAGUGCCUUCGCGUCAUUACGUUAAAAACUGGAUCACUCUUCUUUUAGUUAAACAAACAACUUCCUACCCUCUGUAAAUAUGGCCCUAGUGUACAUAGAACUGUUAACAGACUGCAGCCUGAAGACUGAAGACUAUGGUUUAUAAGUAUAAUAGUAUGAAUGAACGAGAAUAUAUGCGUUUUGGAAUGAUUGAAGAACAAUUGUACGUAUGUCUAUGCGUUCGCUCAUUACGAAAGUUAAACAAGAUCGUCUCGAUGUAUAUAUUGUAUAUACACGCUCUAUUAUACAUAAAUUAUAUAAUUAUAUGUACACAUACAUAUAUAUACAGGUUGUCCCAAAUUUUCCUCCGCAACUUUUAUGGAAACGUAGAACGGAUUGAGAUAGAUAUAAAAGUUCCAUACUAUUUUGUAAUAUUCACAAUAAAUCUCGAAAUAUUAAUUCAAGAAGAUUUGUAUAUUAUCACGAACAAUCAUCAACAUAACAAUGUUCUUACAUUAAUAAGCAAAAAUCUACAUUAUUUACAAAAUAAAGCUUUUUUGUUCAAUUUGA